AUGCUAGUGAUGUAUAAUAUUACAAAUCAAAACGAGACGAGUACAUGGACGGACAGUGACGAGUUUCAAUUUGCAGAACAAAAUAUAUUAAUUAUUUUAGCCAUAUUUACAUUUCUGGGCAACACUUUCGUUUUGGUUGCGACCUGGAGAGAAGAAAGUCUUCAUCAACCAAAUAAAUAUUUUGUUGUUUGUCUGGCUAUCGCUGAUCUUUUGGUUGGUAUGAUUUUAGAACCAUUGAAGGCGUAUCAUCUUAAUCCCGAUUUGGAAUUGAAGGAUACCACCUAUAUUCACCUAUGUCGUUUUAUGGUGUGGAUAGAUACCUUUGCGUUAGCAGCAUCUAUCUACACACUGACAUUCAUCAGUUUUGAGCGAUUUAUUAAAAUCAGGAAACCACUUCAGUAUAGAGUCAGAAUGACAACUUCUAAAUCAAUGAAAAUUAUCUUUAUCAUUUGGUUGAUUUCAACUGUCUUUGCCACCUACGCCGCCACUCCUCAUUCAGGAAGCAGGGGAAUAUUGGAGACAAGCGGGGUUUAUUGCCCUGUUGACGAAAAUGAUGAAAAAAGAUUCUAUACUUUUGUAUCAGUAAGUGCGUUUUUUCUACCCACCCUAGUCAUACUGGUUAUGUACACUCUCAUUUUUGUUGUUGUUCAUAAACGACAAAAAAUGCUGAGAAAUGGCGAACUGGGACAGACCUGCUAUGAUAGAAACCAACGAAGUGCCUUUCUUCAAGAUCUGAAGGCUCUCCGAAUGUUAGUGGUCGUCGUGGGAGUGUUUGUACUUUGUUGGGGUCCUUACUUUAUUUAUGUACUGCUGCUCUUCUACAAUCCAAAUUUUAUAAAUCUGGAUAACGAGUCGUAUAAUGUGGACGUAGCUGAAUUGAUAAUAUUCCUACUUCCUCAUGUUAACAGUCUAUGCAAUCCAAUAAUUUAUGCCUGUUUGGACCAAACGUAAAGAGCGGCUUUCAAAAAUCUGUUUCUGCGAAUGAUGUGUCGAUCAACCUCAAGAAGACGACAACCACCUGAGACAAUAGCGUUACCUCCACCGAGAACAAGAUGAGGCAACAUUUCAUUAAAUUAAUAUACGAAUACCGGAUUUUGAGCGGCUAAUCUGUAUUAUUACAUAAAACUUGGUUUAUUCAUUUAUAAUGAUGCAAAUACCAUGCCGUUUUAGAGGUUAAUCGUACAAUCUGAAAGAAGAAAUUGCCGGAUGAAAUGCGUUUAUAAAAGCCUGUGCUCGCGGUGGUUUUAUUAAAGGUGAUGUAAAAUCCGUAAUGUAAACAAACGCUUUGUUUACAUUUUGAACUCAGUGCUACAGUUGAAAAUAUGAUUAGCAUAUAUUAUACUGAAUUUUUAACACUCUUCCGGUUCGCUAUGCUUGUAAAUGAAUGCAGACUAGAGAUUCAAUUCAAGAAAGUUCGGAAGGUGCGAAAUAUUAACAACAUUCCAAAGGUUGCUCCCCCACUGAUGGAAUGUGUUGAUCAUAGAAAUAAUAGAUAUAGAAUGCGUACUCCUAUCUUUUCUCAGUGAAAAAUUUGUCUCCACAAAAUGGCGGAUUUAUAAGGGCAUUUUGGUUGGUCCCAGACUCCUGAAGCGGGGAAUUUUGCGCGGUUGCAGGGAGUGCGAAUUGUUUUUUCAACUGCAAAGUUUGGAAAAAAAUUGUGUCGAGACUAAAAAUGGAAAAAAUGUUUUAUAAAGUGAAAAAGAUGUCUAAAAACCCAUUCUAGUGGGCUUUUUUUACGAAAAGCAACAGGUCUGGACAGAAUAUAU